AAGGAACCAGAGGCGGCCCAGAGGCCCGGGGUCUGUGAGCUGCUGUUUGAGGCUGCAGGACACUGGGUCGCCAUGGGGAUAGCUGCCCUGGGCCUCCUCUGGGCAGUGCUCGUGCCCCCUCUCUCUGUGUUUGGAAUCCCCACCGAGGAGCCCACCUCUGGGGAAGCCGUGGCCUCUAGUUCCCCUGGGCUCUGUCGACGGUGCUGUGACUCUGAGGACCCCCUGGUCCUUGCUGAUGCUGCACACGCGUCCUUGGCCUCUCCGUCCGCCCUCCCGUACAUGCUGCCUGAGGUCAGGCCCUACAUUAACAUCACCAUCCUGAAGGGUGACAAAGGGGACCGAGGCCUGCUGGGCUCGCCCGGGAAGCUGGGCAGGGAGGGCCCCCGGGGGGAGCGCGGCCCCCAGGGCACCAAGGGCGCCAAGGGGCAAGCAGGCAGCCCUGGCGGCCCGUGCCAGACGCGCUUCUCAGCCUUCUCGGUGGGCCGCAAGACGGCCCUGCACAGCAGCGAGGGUUUCCAGCCGCUGCUCUUCGACACGGUCUUUGUGAACCCGGACGGGCACUUCAACCUGGCUGCCGGCCACUUCGUCGCCCCCCUGCGCGGCCUCUAUUUCUUCAGCCUCAACGUGCACAGCUGGAACUUCAAGGAGACCUACGUGCACGUCGUGCACAACGACGAGGCAGCCGUCAUCCUGUAUGCGCAGCCCAGCGACCGCAGCAUCAUGCAGAGCCAGAGUGUGAUGCUGGCCCUGGCACCCGGCGACCGUGUUUGGGCACGGCUCUUCAAGCGUGAGCGUGAGAAUGCUGUCUACAGCGACGACAUCGACACCUACAUCACCUUCAGCGGCCAUCUCAUCAAGCCCGAGGACGAUUAGUGCCUCCUGUGGGGCAGCUCUGGCCUGGGGUGGCCACGGGCAGGUCUGUGCCCUGCGGGGCCUCAGUUUGCCUGUCUGUAAAGUUGGCCCUGGGACCAGGCAUUCUGGGCAGCCUUCCUCCUCUUUCCUUCCCUCCAUCACCCUCCCAGUCUGUUCCUGCCUCUC